AUGGCUCAUGUCUACGUGAGUGUAUGGUUCUUUAUUGAUAUUAAUAAGAAAGUGACGCGACAAGUAUGCGAUACACCUCACCUUUACACUCUACUUUUUCAAUCCGUUUUUGGGAGAACUAUCUUGAAUGUUCUCUUUGUCUUCCUAAUUUGCGCCUGCACCGUUUCUUUAGUUGAGUUUUACUUCAGUGACAGCAACCUUCCUAGGGACAAUUUUUCAAGAACUAUCGCUGAAAGCGAAGAUGGCAUGUUUAGUUUGGCUUUGAUUUGUUCUUUUACCCGGAUGAGAAAACAUCUUAAUCUGGGACGAUUGUAAAAGCCGGAUGAAGUCCCUGAAGAUACUGUGAAAGCUGUUGCUGAAACUUUGAGGAAAUCAGAAUCACUUAAGAUAUCCGAGGAUGGGAAAAAAGUUGGCAGGACAACUGAACUUCUGAAACCUGAAGAGAUUGAGCAGGUGGACACCAGAACAAUAGCGGCAUCACCAUUUGAGCAUGAUGUGAAGCGAGAAGAUAUAGAGGCAUUCUUUGGUCAAUUUGCCAAGGUUAAUAGUGUCAGGCUUCCUCGUCAUGUUGGAGACAAGUUCUUCUGUGGCACUGCUCUCAUUGAGUUUGCAGCAGAACAAGAUGUCGGACAAGUUUUGGAGAAAAAAUUGGCCUAUGCAGGAGCUGAGUUAGAAUUGAAGUUUAAGAAAGACUUCGAUGCAGAGAGAACAAAGGAGUUGGAAGAGUAUGGAAAAUCUGGUGCCCAUAUGGUUUCAAGUCACCAGAACAACACAAAUGCUGAAGCACAUUACCCCAAAGGCUUGAUUAUUUCCUUCAAGCUAAAAACGGAUUCAGAUGAUGUUCCUCUGGGACAAAAUGGUGUUCAUCAAGAAGCCAAUGGCAGCAAUAGUGCCUCAAACAAAGAUGAACAAAAUCCAUCAGAAGAUGUUAUUGAGGUUAAUGAACAAAAGGCGUCAGAUAAUAUUGACAAUGAUAAAGAACACAAAGAGGCCAGUGAAGGAAAUGAAGCUAAAGGUGAAGAAAAGAUUCAAGAAAGUGAAGUAAAACUUUCAGCCAAUGCUUACAAGGACAACAUGAAUGUUGUGAUACGUGAGGAUUUGAAGGGUGUCUUUGAGAAGUUUGGUUCUGUGAAGUACAUUGAUUUCAAGAUUGGAGCAGAUUCAGGAUACAUCCGGUUUGAAGAACCUGAGGCUGCUCAGAAAGCUCGUGCUGCUGCAGUUCUUGCUGAAAAGGGGGGCUGCUGUGAAGAACUUUAUUGCUACUCUGGAUCCUGUGUCUGCUGUGUGAUGCUCCCACAGGCGACGCCGAAAGGAAUACUGAGCCCUCUCCGUUGGUGGACCUUGGUGGUUUUUUUUUUUUUUGGGGGGGUGGGAACAAGUGGUCCAUCUUCAAGAUUUGAAUUGAUGAUGGAGACUAGUCUAUUAAUCUCAUACUCUUGUUUGCCUACUCAGUACAUUGAUUUCAAGAUUGGAGCAGAUUCAGGAUACAUCCGGUUUGAAGAACCUGAGGCUGCUCAGAAAGCUCGUGCUGCUGCAGUUCUUGCUGAAAAGGGGGGGCUGGCUGUGAAGAACUUUGCUACUCUGGAUCCUGUGUCUGGCGACGCUGAAAGGGAAUACUGGAGCCUUCUCCGUGGUAAUCAAGAAAAGCACCGAGACAGCAAGAACACCCGAGGAAGGGGAGGAAGGCACGGUAGGGGGGCAAAGCAUUCCCGCUCUAGAGAGAGAGAAUCUGCAAUGGGUCGCCCAAAUAAAGCUCAAAGAGUUGGAGCAGCUUAAAUUUCGUUCUAUUGAAGAGAUCACUUUAAUUUAAUUUGCCUGGUUGCUUGAUGUAUUCCCUGUAUUUAACUGUUAGUCUUACUCUGUUAAAUUAUCGCCCCCUUGCAAUUUUCCCAUGCAAUUUAUACUGCAGGUGGACCGUACCUCUUCUUAGAUUUUCAUUUAAAAGUCAAUUAGAUUGUAUGUUUUCCAAUUAUAUAUGUUUAAUUUCCAUUAUAUAGUCUAAAAUGAGGCACGUGAUAGAUAAUUGAUUAAUUAUUCACUAUACAGUUUUUUCAA